AUGAGAACAACAGACCCCAAAAACUGGUACAAAAUAAACCAAAGAUCACAUCGCAAUCUGCCCCUCUUUGGUUUACAUCCCUCUGCUAUAGAGACGCGGCUUAGAAAGAGUUUCAUAGAUGCUCUGAAGGAAUUCUAUGGUCAUAGUACUUGUGUACGAUUGCUGUAUAGACAAAGUACAGGACGUUACGGUUAUAUCUACUCCAUCCUCUAUAUCGUUUUACUAUCCUUCGGCAUAUUCACACUCGUGACAGACGUCGGUCACAUGGUCGGCGCGCCGAACAUCGAAGUGAGUCCGCACGAGCAGCGGCAGCAGCCAGCGCUCCUGGAGUUCCCGGCCAUAGCGCUAAACCGGCGAGACAAAAACAAAACAUUUACACUAGAAGAAAUAGAGAGUAACUUGCUUGCGUAUGGCGGGCUGGUGAGCCGCACCAAAACUAAGUUCAACAUGAACUUCAUCAAGUUCCUGGAUAGUGUCGACCAGGAGACUAACGUUACUAAUAUUCUGCUAAAGCUAUCCCCCGAGUGCGGCGACAUGCUGGUGUACUGCGAGUGGAAGGACAAGAGCAUCCCGUGCCGGCACAUGUUCGCCACGCGCAUGACGCCGCACGGCUUCUGCUGCCUCAUGAACUCUAGAUACGCACCCGAAGAUUCGUCAAGAAAACCAAUGUAUUUACACUCGCACAACUACGGCACCGGUCUGCUGGUGGUCGUGCAGGAAGAUGUAGAUGACUUCAUGUUCCUGCGUCGACUUGGCACCGAUACUGAGGUGAUAAUUUUUGGUGGCAAUCAAUACCCGAUUCAAGACAGUGGUGGCGUGCGGUCUUUCCCCGCUCCAAAGAACUACUUCGUCAGCGUCAAACUGAAAACGCGGAGGCAGGAAGUAUCAAGUGGCGUUAUUUUUGAUGAAAAUUUGAGCGGUUGCCUGGCGCACGGGCCGCCCGCCCCGCUGUGCCUGGCGCGGUGCCGGCGCGGCGCGGCCGCUGCGCUGUGCUCGUGCGUGCCGCCCGCGCUGCUGCCCGCACACACGGACAAGGUCUGUACGCCCGAGUACUUGCACUGCAUUGUUAGACAUCGAGAAAUACUCCUCCAAUACUUCCCCGACUUCUCCCAGUCGCAGGGCGCGGCCGAGGAGAUGUCGGACUCAGUGGACUGCCGGCACUGCCGCCCGCACUGCGCACACACCUACCACGAAGCUAGGCUUACGAGGCAGAGGGUGGACACAGGGGAGAGAUACUUUUUGGAUCAGUACACCAAGAAACUAGUAAACUAUCCCAACUCGACACUGGUCCACAUUUACUUCGCGUCAGACCGACAGGAGUUCUACAGCGUUGGAGUUACUUACCGCUGGUUCGACUUUGCAAUAUACAUCAGCAAUCACUGGAUGACAAUAGUGGGGAUGGGUUUAAUCAACUUCUGGGAAGUGAUCUACUUCACCACAUUCCGGUGGUACCACCACUAUCAGCGACGCAAGGAAUCCAUGGAGCUGACUGAUACUUUUAAACAUUUAUAAUUUCAGUUCAAAUAUAUAGCUUUUUAUAUAAGAUAUUAUUUGUAAAAUAUAUAAAAAAAUUUGUAACGGAAAUAACUAGCUGUUAUUAGAUGAUUCACAAUUUUGAAAUUGUAAAAUGCGUUUCAAAUUAGAAUAUGCCAUGAUGGACCCGCGCCAUGUUGUGACGUCAUUUCUGUCAUGAAAAUUAUGUACGUGUAAAUGAUUCAUUAAAAUAAUGCAUAUUUAUGAAUAGUUUUAAUAAUGUUAUACAAUUCACAAAAAAAUGAAAAAAAAAAUGUUUUUGCUGCUGUCCAUACUUUGUUAUCUAACUUUGACAGAUCAAGGUUAUUGACGCGUAUAUUCUUAUUUGAAACGCAUUGUUGGCUUGGUAUACUCAUUGAGAGGAUUAAUUACUUCUGCCUUUCAAAAUAACAACUUAAUGAUCCUCAUUAUCUCCAAUAAAAGGUUUAUAAAAUGUAAUAACGUCAUAGUGAUUGCUUAUAAUAAAUAAUAAGUUUUAUAUGAAAUAAAUUGAUCACGAACUUUGACCAUUACAAAUGUGGUCAGGGCCUGUAUAACAUGUAGGUACUUGAAAAUCUAAGGUCGAUCUUCAAUUUUAUUUGUGAUAUAUUAUAUGCUAUCGAAAAAUAAAAUUGUAAACUUAAUUGAAUAAAAAUAUCAGACUAAAAAA